AUGGAGGAUAUACAGGACGACCCCCGUUUUGCGCAUAUUUUGUCAGACCCAAAGUUUAUGAUUAUGCCGAAAUCGAAGAAGAAAGUAAAAAUUGAUUCACGAUUUCGGUCUGUGUUUACCAGCGAAAAGUUCAGCCACAAGACGGAAAUAGAUAAACGAGGCCGACCCAUUUUUGACGCCACAAAACGUAAUAGUAAUGUCAUGAAGAGGUUUUAUGAGCUUUCUGAUGAGGAUGAUGAUGAUGAAGAAGACGAUAAUGAGGACGAGAAAUCUGAGUCAGAUCAGGAAGUCGCACACAGUCAGCAGAAUAAAGAAAGAAGGAAAAACAAAAGACCUAGAGUAGACGAUGAUGUCAGUACUAAGUCAUUCAGUGAGACUGAGACCAAACCACAGAGACAAAUUUCACAAGAGCAGAAGAAGAAGAAACAAAUAGAAAAGAAGAGGACCCCAACUAACAACAAAGUCAACAAACUUGUAUUUGGUAGAAAGGACAAAAUUGUAUCAGCGAAAUCUUCGCCAGUAAAAGAUUCCAACAGUGACCAGGAAGGCAGCAGCAGUUGUACAACAGAUGAUGAGGAUGAUGAUGUUGAGUUACCAGAAUUUUCCCAAGAAUUUGCACUGGAAGAAACAGAUAUUGAACACAAAUGGAAUGAACUUCACACAGAUGCUGUCACUGUCGUGGAGUCCACAUGCAGACUCGCUGUUUGUAACAUGGAUUGGGACUUUGUCAAAGCCCAAGAUUUAUUUGUCCUGUUCAAGUCAUUUGUGCCAGACGGGGGCCAGGUCAAGUCCGUGACUAUCUACCCGUCUGAGUUCGGCAAAGAGAGAAUGGCAGAGGAGGCCCUGCUCGGUCCCAGAGAAAUCAGAGCACAGGCAAAUCAGGAGUGCAGGAAAGCAGAUAAAGAAGGGCAAAAUGGGAAAAAGAAGAACAGAGCUACAAACCAGCAGCAAGCAAAGAGAGACUCCAAAGAUCUGGAAGCAACACAGACGGAGAAACUCCGAGAAUAUCAGCUGAAUCGACUGAGAUAUUAUUUCGCGGUGGUAGAUUGUGAUUCUGUUGUUACGGCAGAGACUAUUUAUAAUGAAUGUGAUGGUCGGGAAUAUCUACUUAGUUCGGUACGGUUAGAUCUUCGCUUUAUACCAGAUGGUAUGACUUUCGAGGACCCACCCAGAGAGGUGUUUUCGCAGGAACAAAGCAUUUUGGAGUAUAAACCAAACCAGUUUAGUUCAACGGCUUUGUGUCAGGCCAAAGUAGAUGUGACCUGGGAUGAGACUGAAUUUGACCGGUUGAGUCGGCGUAUUGGAGGUAUGCAGCAAAAGGAGCUUGAGAGCAUUGUAGAAGAAAAUAAAUAUGCAGAUAUUAUAGCACCCCCAGAGAGCGAUUCCGACCAGGAUGCCGACGAUCAACCUGAUUGGCUGAAACAAGCCCUUGAUAGUAACGGAAACGAAGAGCUGAAUGAAGAGGACAAGAUUGCAAUGUACCGUAAACUUCUGAUGGAAAAGUUGGACGAUGAAGAGGGUGAUGAUGAGGGAGAUGAGCUAAAAGGAGAAGAAAAAGAGCUUGUCUGGACACCCGGACUGAAAUCUUCAUUGGUGAAGAGAAUGGAGAGAAAGGAAAGAAAACAGGAAAAUACAGGCGUGGUCAGCGACUAUCUGGAAAAGAAACGGGAAAAGAAGAAAAAGAAGAAGCAAAAUAAGGUAAAGAAGCACACAGUUGAUGAUGAAAAAGAACAAGCAGAUACUGUUGAUAAUACUAAUGAAAACACAGGAGCUGUAUCUGCUCACAAGCAAACAAAAAAGAAGCAGAAAAGGAAUGAGAGUGAGGAAAAAGCAGAAGCGAAAAAUAUGGCAGACUUGGAAUUACUUGUAAUGGGAGAUGAUGAUGUAAAAGAUGAGCACCCCGAUAAAGAUAAGACAAGUAAAAAGAAGAGUAAAAAAAUGAAGAUGAAGAAGAAAAAGCUGGCGGCAGUCGAGGAUGAGUUUCAACUAGACAUGAACGAUCCCAGAUUUGGUGCUCUGUAUACUUCUCAGCACUUCCAUAUUGAUCCGUCUUCUGCACAGUUUAAGAAGAGCACCCAUAUGGCUGCUCUAAUGAAUGAACAGAUCAAGAGGAGAGGCCAUUCUGGCAAACCUGUGAAGGUGACAGGAUCUAAAUCUGACCAAAGUGUUGAGCCCUCAAAGUCGUUAUCGCAAGCUCUUGUUGAAAGCAUCAAGUCAAAAAUGAGAAAAUGA